AUGGGGACCCUGAUGAAACCGCAGCUUGUGGUGACCUCUCUGUUUAUCUUUCUCCUCGUCGGCUCUUGCACUGCAUCUCAUUCCAGACGUGCUCUUGACCGCGAGGACGCUGUCUCCUGGAAUGCAGCAUCUAUCACGACGGACAGUCCCAACGCGCCUCGCAACGGAAUUCACGCCAAGGCUGCGAGGCCGGUCGCAGAGAGGGUUUCAGAGCCCCUCGUGUAUUCUGCCAGAGGCGCUGCUGGUUCGCACGCGACUGGGCCGAGUUGGAGUCGGCACGCUGCGGCCAGCCGCGUGGGAACCGCCGCCACUCACGCCGCUCCUCACGCCGUCCCUCACGCCGCCCAAUAUGCAAACUCUCGUGAAGCGCCUCACGCCGCACGUAACGCCGUGAAUCACGGCUCUCACGGACCUGGAAAUGUCAACCUCCAUGCAGCAGCGCCGAAUCAGCAUAAUCGAGGUGGUGUUUCCCGCCACGACGGGAACCGCGGAGAAAUGGCCGUCAACGGCGCAUUCCGCGCAGCCAGCACCAACGACGUGGAGAUUCGGAUUCUCGAGGAGCACAACAAGGCACGGCAGGAGGUGGGUGUGGCGGACCUGGCAUGGGACGACAACGUGGCAGCAACGGCACAGGAGUGGGCGACCCACCUGGCGUCCAUCGGGUGCCCUCUGGAGCACGGCGGAGCAGAGGGGCUCGGGCAGAACCUCUACUGGCUGUCACCCGCGGGGCUGACCCCACAGGAGGACCGUGGGGCGGUGCAGUCGUGGGUGGACGAGAAGGCGGACUGGACCCCCAGCCCCAUUCCCGACGGGUGUGCGGAUGGCAAGAUGUGUGGGCACUACACGCAGGUGGUGUGGCGGGACACCACUCAUGUCGGCUGCGCCUCUGCUCAGUGCCCUGAUGGCUCCGGCAUGUGGGUCUGCGACUACUCGCCCCCGGGCAACUUCGUUGGCCAAACCCCUUUCUAG